AUGCCAGCUAACGUGAUGUGGAGUAGUGGAGGUAGGGCCCCAGACUCACGGUCUUUCAAGAGCAUAGAAGCAAUGGCCUCGCAGUCGCAGCAACCCGUGCCUCGCUUCGAGCCCUGUGCCUCCACGGCCUCGCUAUUCCUCUACGCACAAGGUCCAGUCAUCACAUGUCUACAUCAUGACACACUGGCAGUAGAGCGCCGCUUUACGAGCCAUCAGGAAAAUAUCGACUUCAUAUCAGUCGAUAUUGUCAGCGAGCGUGGAGCGGGCAGACUGGUGGUCAGUUACGACGUAGGCCAGACUGCGAUCGUUUGGGACAUUUUUACCGGCACGGAAAUCGCACGUUUUGCCUCAUUUGAACACUUGAGAGUUGCUUCGUGGAUGCGCAAUGGUCAUGUAGCUUUUGGUAACGGCAAGGGCGAGGUCAUCCUCUUUGAGCCGCCUACAUCAGAGCAUGUCUCAGCGCGCACAAUUUUUGACCCGAUCACGUCCCUCGCACCGGCGACAGAUUGCCGGACCUAUGCAAUUGGAUAUCAGAACGGAUCGAUUUUAAUUGCGAAUCUUCUACCUCAGUUCACAAUACUGCACACACUGACCACGUCUAGUGGGCCAUCACCAAUCAUAUCAUUAGCAUGGCACGCGUCGUCCUCGAAGCAGAAGUCGGAUAUGUUGGCGACACAGGCUUCAAAUGGUGAUCUACGAGUUUGGAGUGUUGCAAAGCCACCUGGGAAAGAGGCACCGAGAGUCAUUCGCGUUCUUAAAAGGUCCGACUCGACCUCUUCAGACCCCAAGUGGAUGGCUUGGUCGAAGAAUGGCAAGAUUGUGCAGUAUUUAGAAGGGGAAACGUGGUCUUGGGAUGUUCGAACCAAACAUGUGACAUACGAGCCGAUCCCCACAGUUCCAGGCGUUCGGGGAAUGGCGAGUUACGGGCCAACAGCGACAUUAUUCACAGUCGGUCCCCAGGAUACUGUACAGCAGUACGAUUUAGACGCUCCAGCUCUUGUGGCAAAUGUUCAACAUCAUGCGAUCACUUCCAGAACAGCAGCAUCAGAAGGAGGAAGGUCCCGGACGAUAUCUCCACGCCGUCUCCAUCCACCACCGGAAAUUCGUGAGCGAGGGAAUGGAAGACGAACUCCCUUCGAUACCAAUGGGAUCGAGAGCGCGAAGCAAGCGCGUGCGGACUUGACUAGCCCAGCAUCCUCCCGAAGUCGCACGGAAUCUGUGAGCUCAAAAGCUUCAUCUGGAAAAUACAAGAUGGAUCGACCCUUCUCACCCCCGAGCCGUUCUGCUCAAAGUGGAACUUCGUUCUCGAUGAGUGGACGAGAUACACCGCAGCCCUCGGCAUCGUACGCUUACGCAUCGUCCAUUUCAAUGUCUUCGGCAAAAAGCUCCCGAGCCGGGUCGCGGCUACGCAAUGAAGUGCACAUGAGCCCAGCUGAAAGGAAUAUAGUAGAUCUUUUCCCUUUCACGCGAGCGAGGUUGAACGACGUUCCUUAUAAACAGACACCACCGCUGGACGAGGCCCGACUUACUCCCGACGAUUUGCGGCGGCAAAUGCUAAGCGUAGUAUUUGGGUGGGAUGGCGACAUUGACGAUCUACUGAGGGAUGAGUUGAGUCGUCAUAAGGAUGGGAGUCAAAGCGCAAUCUUAUUAACCCGAUGGUUAAAUGAAAACAACGCAGAACUUCUGGCAGACAUGCUCGGGCCUGGCCAAGUUACAAUGGCGGACUGGAUGAUAUUGGCUUUGAGUCAAAUGAGCGGACAAACGCAAGCGAACAAGGCCGGGCAGGCAUUCGUUCAAAAGUUGCUGGAGAUUGGAGACAUUCACACCGCGGCCUCGGUGCUCUUGGCUAUGGGAGACAGCAACGACGCCAUCGAGGUUUACGUUUCUCAGAACCACUUCAUGGAGGCUAUUCUCAUGACGUGUCUUCUGAUGCCCACCGAUUGGCAGCGACAGUCAUACCUCGUACGUCGUUGGGGAGAAUUCGUCGUCUCUCAUUCACAGCAGCAGUUGGCUAUCCGUUGCUUCAUGUGCACAGGUGCCGAACCCACAGAGCCUUGGACGUCGCCAGCUGCCCAGCAGGCUGCCUCAUUUGCAGAUAUAAUGCGAGGGAAAUCUCCAUUGAUCUCGCCCGAACCCAUACAGCCGCUUGGCCCAAGUCUCAUGCCGCCCCCGAGUCGUCCUAAAUCCGGUGCAAGUCAACGUCCUGCCGGAAAAACACCCGCAUUGAAACUGAUCACAUCGUUUGAUCAUCAGCCGAAUCAAAAGUUUAGAUUCCCCGGGCUCAAAUCGGAUGAUCGGACGCCCACAAAUGCCCCAGGUGUUACCCCGAUCGCAGAAUCUGCAGUGGCUGAUUCAGCUUUGUCUCCUGGUGGGUUUGGGUCUUACAAGCUCAACAAUAUCCAAAGUCUGAGCCAGGCCAUGGCUUCUCGCACCAACACCCCAGCGUUCAAUCGCCGGCGGCUGCCCUCCAUUGGUGAGACGCCGGUCGAUGUGCACCCUCCGACUUUUUCUCGCUCGCGCUCGUACAACACUAGCAACUACGGCUCAACUUCGGAGAACGACGACACGAGCGCACACGAGCAUAGCCAGGACGAGCAGGCUGGCGACAUUAAUUUGCUGACGCUAUCUUCUGCGAGGUACAACCCUACACAGGAGAGUCAAUCCAUGAAACCCAGUCCUCAAACGGCCGUUCAAGCGCCAGAGCCAUUUGCUGCUUUGAAGGGAUUACCAUCUCCAGCUCCAGGCUUUAUUGAAGCUCUCCGGGAGCACUCUGACCUUCGCAAUGGAUCCAGAGACCGCAAACCGAACGGCCUGCAGAUCGAUUUGGUCCAGACCGAAGAGGCCUCGCUUGACUCACAAGGGCUUCUGGCCAGCGGCAAAAGCACGACUUCGACAUUUAACAGCUAUGCUUCAGCCAAAAGUCCAAGUGUGAGUGGACGAAGCAUUGAUCAAUACAUCAGCAGUCUUGACGAAGCAAAUUACCACGCUCGAAAGCAAAGUGGUCGUCGCACACCCGGCCAAGGUAGACGAAACGCGGAAGACACCAGUAGCCAACAGGGCUCGCGGUCACAUCACGCUCGUGAUGUGUCACAGGAGAUUCGUGGUCGAAAUGAAAGAAGGUACAUCCAGCCUGCUAAAAGAUCGCCGUCCUCGCCGGUGCCGAUGUCGCCUGAAGAACUGGCUCGAUACCACACUGAAUCGGAGAAGCCCCGGGAUUCUCAAAGGAAGAGUUCAUCUCGCGUCAGAAGUCGAAGCAAGAUGAGAAAGGCUGGUUCUCGCAGUCGUCAGCGCUCCUCUAGUCGGCAUACUGCCAGUCGCUUGGGAGGUGACAGGCAAGAGGUCUCAUCUCGCGGUCGAAGCGUCGACCGCAAUGGGUCCGGUAUGCGAUCACCCUCAUCCCCGCUCCCCAUGGCGUUACCUCAACAGGAUGCUGUCACGGCUGACGGUCAAGAUGACCCUCUGCGUCUUGUUUCUGGAGACCGUCAACGUCUUCGCUCACGCCACCGAAGUGCCAGUCGUCGUCGAACAGAGAGAGGUGCCAGCGCUCAAAGAGACGAGUCCCUGGAGCCGCGGCACAGGCCAUCACAAAGUGUUCCCGAAGUUCCACGGAACCUAGAACUUGAGGUCCGUCAACAAGAGACUGAGCUAGAGCAGUUGAGUGCCAAAGUUUUUGGACAAGAGAAUCACUUCGCGAACGGCAGCACGCAAAGGACGAAUCCAGCAUCUGAUGAUGCAGAGGAGGUGGUUUCACCGACAACCCCGUAUGUCAGCCUGGCCGAGCGUAAGAGGAGAGAAUUGGCCGCUGCCGAACUUGAAGCUCGUCGUCUGUCUCUUGCUCGUAAUCCAUCGGCCCCGAAUAUUCCUUUCCCGGGGGAUUUGCACAAUGCGAGAAGUCCACUCGAAAGCCCACCAAUGAUGUCUGGGUCCUACUUCCCUCGGGCGCCAUCACGAAACAAAGGAAGUGCCAUCAAGACAUCUCCCGGUUACCAUAGUGGCUCCGACUCUAGUUCAUCACGAUCAGGCGCACCAUUGGGACUGCCAGCGACGCCAAGAGCGAUGAGGCAUCCCAAGUAUGGGGUAAAUGGUCAUGAAGUGGAACGUCCUCCUUCGGUGCCCACGAUUCCAUCAGACUAUUCAAACGGACCUCUUCUUUCCGAUGCCCGUUACCAAGGUGAAGCUGAGAGGAUCGGACGAUCCAUGUCUGUUCCCGCCGUACAGGCCGGACCUGCCGCCGCAUCUCCUCCUGUUUCUCCCGAGAUUCCUAUGCAUCCCAGGUUUAAUCCACAUCUUCCUCGUAGCCGCUCGAGUAGCCGGAGCCGAAAUAUGAGCCACCGCCGAACGAGCUCUGGUGGCGGAUAUGUCUCGGGUACCUCUCAGCCAGUCACUAUAAGUAUUGAGGAGACUAUCGACGCCUCUAUGCAGCGAAGGCCCUCUGGAGUCCAGAUCGAACUGAUCCCGCCUCCACCACCACCGCCCAUUCUCCCCGAACUCCAGCACCUCAAUACUCCACCACCUCCUCCUCCCAUUCCAUCGUCGACAAAUCCAGUCUCGCCACGCGAAUCCUCCGCAACGAUCGACGUUGCCAUUGACCAUGUCAACAUCGGCCGCUUGCUUCCUCGUGCCAUGACUGCGGCCCCGGCAUUGAGCGGGCCUGAGAAUCGCCAAAAUAAUGGCCAGCAGCGGAUGUCAUUUGAACACCGCCGAAACCGAAGCUCAAAUGAGAGCUUCGCAAACAAGUUACGCAGCCUGACUCGUAUGCGCAGCAAUAGUCGCAGUGUCGAGCCGUGGGGCAACACCGAGGCCGAAUGGCCCUACGACGACGAGCCUUUGACCAAUGGGCACGGCAAUGGGCUUGAGUCCCGGCCGUUCUGA